CUCACCGGAAAAACUAAAGCUUGAAAAAGCGGCGUCGCCGAGCAUCCCGAUCUCUCGUUUCUGGCUCGCCGGAAUUGUUAAAUAGGUUUGUUACUGUUGGCGCACUAUCUUCAGGAUUUGUCAAUGUUGUGACUUCACCCGUGAGGCUAUACUCGUAGAAUUAUCAGCUGAACGACUUCAAACUGUUCGACGAAAUCUCUGACCGAAAAAAACAAGGGAAAUGGGUACGAAAUCGAUGGUGAAGUGGCCGAAGCAAAUCACGCCGUCUCUCGUCGAGCGACUGAUGCAAGCAGAGAAAGACUUGGACAGAGCAAUCUCCGUCUUCGAAUCAGCCACCGCCGAAUAUUCCAACGGCUUCCGCCACGACCAAACCACAUUCGGCCUCAUGAUCCGGCGACUCCUCUCCGCCAACAAGUUCCAUCACGCCGAGGAAAUGCUCGCCCGAAUGAAGCUAGAGAAUUGCAAUGCAAACGAAGAUAUAUUCCUCUCCAUCUGCAGAGCAUACGGCCGAGUUCACAAGCCCCUCGAAGUAGUCAGGAUUUUCAGAAAGAUGAAGGACUUCGAAUGCGAACCGACCGCGAGAACUUACAUAACAGUCUUCUCCAUUCUGGUCGACGAAAGCCACUUGAAAAUGGCGUUCACGUUUUACCGUUACAUGAGGAAGCAGGGGAUUCCGGCAAGCGUCCCCUCGCUUAAUGUUCUGAUCAAGGCACUCUGCAAGAGCAGUGGAACUAUGGAUUCAGCUUUCAAGAUCUUCAAGGAGAUGCCCAAGCGUGGCCACACUCCCGAUUCCUACACUUAUGGAACCUUGAUCAAUGGGCUGUGUAGAGGCGGCAGGAUUCUCGAGGCGAAGGAGCUUCUCAUCGACAUGGAGGCGAACGCCUGUGCGCCUUCGGUCUUCACCUACAGCUGCCUGAUACACGGCUUGUGCCAGUCGAACAAGCUCUCCGAUGCAAUGGAGCUCUUCAAGGAGAUGAAGAGGAAAGGCGUGGACCCGAAUGUGUACACUUACAGCUCUCUGAUCGAUGGCCUAUGCAAGAAUGGGCAUUCGCUGCAGGCCAUCGAGCUAAUGGAGAGGAUGGCGCGAAAGGGCCUAGUUCCAAACUCCAUCACUUACAGUUCCUUGAUAAAUGGGCUCUCCAAGGAGGGUAAAAUCCAAGAAAUGGUUCAGAUUCUUGAUAGAAUGAAGCUUCAAGACUUGAAGCCUGAUGCAGGAUUGUAUUCGAAAGUGAUCAAUGGCUUCUGUGAGGUGGGGAAGUUCCACGAAGCAGCAAAUUUCCUCGAUGAGAUGUCUCUUUCCGGGAUAACUCCAAAUCGAGUAACUUGGGGCCUUCAUGUUCGAAUUCACAAUAGAGUGGUGCAAGGUCUUUGUAGCUUGAGUAGCCAUAGCCAGGCUUUUCCUCUCUACCGGAGCUUGCGUAGUAGAGGCAUAUCGGUUGAGGCAAGAACCUUUGAGUCUCUUAUACAAUGCUGCUGCAAGAAAGGAGAUUUGCACGAGGCUGCUCGGGUUCUGGAGGAGAUGGUUGUUGAUGGAUGCGUUCCUGGUGAGGAAAUAUGGAAUGGAGUGGUGGUUGGGUUUUGGGAUAGAAGGAAAGUUCGAGAAGCUUCUGAGUUGCUGAAGGCUAAGCUGAUCGAUGAGUUGGAGACGGACCUCAACAAUGCUAUCUGAUCAUCUAGUGCUAGAUUGGCUUAGAUUAAUUAUAGUAAAUCAGAUUGUUAACUGAAAUUUUAAAUGUGAAGGGUUUCAUAGUACGUCUUGAUUGUUGUUUUUGGGCCAUUGGCUCCCAAAAGUCAAUAUAAUUACAAAUCCAAUUAAAGUUCA